AUGUACGGAGGAGGAGGGGGUGGGGGUUCAUUGAAGGGGCGUGGAGGGAUUUUGGAUCGGAAGCGAAUCAAUGAUGCGUUAGACAAGCGUUUGGAGAAGUCUUCCCCUUCCACCUCCAAGAAGCCAGCCGCCGCCGCCGCCGCCGCCGGAAAGCAGCACAAUUAUCUCGACCACCGUGAUACCCGAUCGUCUUCCACCGCUAACAAGAAUAGGAGCACUGAUGAGGAAUCCGAAACUGACAGUGGGGAGUCCGAUGUUAGUGGUUCUGAUGGGAAUGAUACAUUCUGGAUUUCGUGGUUUUGCAACUUACGAGGAAACGAGUUUUUUUGUGAAGUUGAUGAUGAAUAUAUCGAAGAUGAUUUUAACCUUUGUGGGUUGAGCAGUCAAGUUCCAUACUAUGAUUAUGCACUUGAUUUGAUUUUGGAUGUCGACUCCUCUCAUGGUGAUACUUUAACUGAGGAACAGAAUGAAUUGGUUGAAUCAGCAGCAGAGAUGUUGUAUGGUCUUAUUCAUGUCCGAUACAUUUUGACAAGCAAGGGAAUGGCUGCCAUGUUAGAGAAGUACAAAAACUAUGACUUUGGAAGAUGCCCGAGAGUUUAUUGCUGUGGACAGCCUUGCCUUCCAGUUGGACAAUCAGAUAUUCCACGUUCAAGUACUGUAAAGAUAUACUGUCCCAAAUGUGAAGAUAUUUACUACCCGCGAUCCAAGUACCAAGGCAAUACCGACGGUGCUUAUUUUGGAACCACUUUUCCUCAUCUCUUCUUGAUGACUUACGGAAACCUCAAGCCACAAAAGCCAACACAAAGCUACACACCAAGAGUGUUUGGUUUCAAGCUCCACAAGCCUUAA